AUGUCGACCACUGGAGUGAUCAGUUCGCGCCUGUUCGAGUCGAGCUAUAAUGUCCCUUGUGGUUGCCAUGACAACGAGAACGUAGAGGCCGAGUCUGAGUCGCUUGCCGAUUCGUUUUUGAAUUCAGACGACGAGGCUUACGAUCCGGAGGAAUUCAAGAGAUUGUGUGUCAUGGACUACAGCUCCGUGAUGGAAGUGAUGACCGCUCGUGAGCACAAGGAACGAACGGCACCAGAAAGCAUAUUCAUACCAAACAGUACCUUCCCCGACUGCUCCGUCGACGCCUUAGAGCGAUCAUUCCGGGGAAUCGCCCCUGAACCCGCGCCAACUAGCACUGUUGAGGGCUCGGGGGGUGUUGGUAGUAUCCAACGUGUCGACCCGAACACACAGGGGUUGAUAGGACACCCACAAUCCGGUACACACACCGGUGAUGCUCAAGCAACAGUCGGAGGUGCAAGUACAGGCGAGCAAGUCGAUACAAGCCCAAAGGGCAAAGAGAAAGCCAUAGUAGUGAGUGACCUGGAUGAGUGGGACGAACCCGAUACGCAGAUGUUCCAUUCCCAAAAACACACAGCAUACCACAACUCGUCACCAACAGUUGGAGGUGCGAGUACAGGCGAGCAAGUCAAUACAAGCCCAAAGGGACAAAAAGAAAGUCAUAGUAGUGAGUGA